AUGAUCCGAUAUAAUGCAGUCGAUUACAGAUACGACGUUAUCGACAUCUCCGGCCGAGAUAGAGAUAUUGGUAGAAAAUGGGAGUCUGGCUCAGCAAAAAGAAAAAGAAAAGCUGAUAGAACUGCAUCCAACCAGGUUUUGAGUUUAAAUACGAUGAAGUUCCUCAACCAAACUGCAUCUGGUAGUACAGAACCAUCUGAAUCGAUAGAUUCGACUUCUACACAACAAACGUCCGAGAUAUCGUUAGGAAAUGCUCCAGAUGCACUGAGCUCCGAGAGCGAACGUCAGUUAGACGUAGAGUUUGGAUCAUCCUCUAGCCAAUCAAAAUUUGACGCUGAAACUCUUGUGCUGUCAUCAAGCAAUCAAGAAGAACAGAUUGACAUAGAUUCUCCAAUUCGCAGCGACGACGCCAGUGCCAUAGUUCAGCAAGUUCUUGUUAAUUCGGAUCCGGGAUUACGGACGUUUCCCAUAACGGAUUCACAGCGUCGUGACAUAGUUCAAAGCGGUCCCACACAGCAAUUAAAUAGUGGUGAUGAAUAUUAUCCCAAAGACGGUAGUAGAAUUGAACAAAUGUCGGUUAUCUUAAAAUUUUGUGAUACUUCAACUGGCACAAUUGUCGAACAUUUUAUGGGAUUUCCAGCUGUUACUAAGACAACUGGAGAAUAUUUAGCCAAUGCUAUAUUGGAACACCUAGAAAAAUACGACUUAAAUUUUCAAGACUGUAUACGACAAUGGUGCAAAUAUGACACAAGAUGGGAAAGUAGAGUCGAAGCAGUAAAAGCCGUAUUAUUGCAAUUCGAUGAAGUGAUUGAAUUCAUCGAAAACUUAAAAAAUCAAACGGAGCAAUCAGACACUCUCAGUGAUUGCGAUUCGAUACUAAAUGAAAUGUUAAGUUUAGAAUUUAUCGUAUCUUUACAUCUGUGGUAUGAGACAUUGGUGUCGAUUCUAGCGUGA